AAAAAAAAAAAACAAAAAACAAUCCCCCAACUCCUUUUUUUUCUCUCUUCGCCACUGUACGCCUCUUCUCUUCUCUCUCAUCUGAACGCAGGAGCUCCAAAACCCUAAACCCUAACAAAAACCAAUAAACAGAAAAGAAAAAAUAGUUCUGUUUCCCGAAGAAAAUUGAGUGAUCAGCUGAUCAUAUAUUCAAUGGCGACCUCGGUCCUGCUCAGAUCUCUCCGUCGUCGUGAUUUAUCUUCAUCUCCUCUCUCUGCCUAUAAAUCCUUGACUGGAAAUGCGAAGUCAUCAUGGGCUACGUCCCCUUUAGGUCACAAGUGGGGCAUUCUGGCCAGACCAUUCAGCUCAAAGUCUGCUGGGAACGAGGUCAUUGGUAUCGACCUGGGUACUACAAACUCAUGUGUUGCAGUCAUGGAGGGCAAGAAUCCUAAAGUUAUUGAAAAUUCUGAGGGUUCUCGGACCACACCAUCUGUGGUUGCCUUCAACCAGAAAGGAGAGCUCCUUGCGGGUACUCCUGCCAAACGUCAAGCGGUGACCAACCCCACAAACACAAUUUUUGGAACCAAGCGUCUGAUUGGCCGACGUUUUGAUGAUCCUCUGACACAGAAAGAGAUGAAAAUGGUUCCAUACAAGAUUGUCAGGGGUCCCAAUGGAGAUGCAUGGGUUGAAGCCAAUGGGCAGCAAUAUUCUCCAAGCCAGAUUGGAGCCUUCAUUUUGAACAAGAUGAAAGAAACUGCUGAAUCAUAUCUUGGAAAGUCAGUGAACAAAGCUGUUAUCACUGUUCCAGCUUAUUUCAAUGAUGCUCAGAGGCAAGCGACAAAGGAUGCUGGGAGAAUUGCUGGUCUUGAUGUGCAAAGAAUCAUCAAUGAGCCCACCGCUGCAGCACUUUCAUAUGGGUUGAACAAUAAAGAGGGUCUUGUAGCAGUUUUUGAUCUUGGGGGUGGGACCUUUGAUAUUUCCAUCUUAGAGAUAUCAAAUGGUGUUUUUGAGGUGAAAGCAACAAAUGGUGAUACAUUUUUGGGUGGCGAGGACUUUGACAACACCCUAUUAGAGUUUUUGGUGAGUGAGUUCAAGAGAACUGAGGGGAUUGAUCUGUCAAAAGACAGGCUUGCCUUGCAGAGACUGAGGGAAGCAGCUGAGAAAGCCAAGAUAGAACUCUCAUCAACAACUCAAACUGAAAUAAACUUGCCAUUCAUUACAGCUGAUGCAUCGGGUGCUAAGCAUCUGAAUAUCACACUGACCAGAUCAAAAUUCGAAAGUCUGGUGAACGACUUGAUUGAAAGGACUAGGAGUCCUUGCAAGAGUUGUUUAAAGGAUGCUGGCGUAUCAACUAAGGAGGUGGAUGAGGUCCUCCUUGUUGGAGGGAUGACCCGAGUACCAAAGGUGCAGGAAGUAGUUGCAGAAAUCUUUGGUAAGAGCCCUAGCAAAGGAGUGAACCCUGAUGAGGCAGUUGCCAUGGGAGCUGCUAUCCAAGGUGGUAUUCUUCGUGGUGACGUCAAAGAGUUACUACUUCUGGAUGUCACUCCCCUAUCACUUGGUAUUGAGACAUUGGGGGGUAUCUUCACCAGAUUGAUCAACAGGAACACAACCAUUCCAACUAAGAAGAGCCAGGUUUUUUCAACAGCUGCUGAUAACCAAACUCAGGUGGGAAUUAAGGUACUGCAAGGUGAGCGCGAGAUGGCAAAUGAUAAUAAGCUCCUGGGUGAGUUCGAGCUUGUGGGCAUUCCUCCAGCUCCUAGGGGCAUGCCUCAGAUAGAAGUCACGUUUGACAUUGAUGCCAAUGGCAUCGUCACUGUUUUUGCCAAGGACAAGACCACUGGUAAAGAACAGCAAAUUACCAUUCGGUCAUCUGGUGGUUUGUCCGAAGAUGAGAUUGAGAAGAUGGUUAAGGAAGCUGAGAUGCACGCCCAAAGAGAUCAAGAAAGGAAGGCCCUGAUUGAUAUAAGGAACAAUGCAGACACCACCAUAUACAGUAUUGAGAAGAGUUUGAACGAAUACAGGGACAAGGUUCCUAGUGAAGUUGUGUCCGAAAUUGAGUCUGCCAUUGCAGAUUUGAGGAAUGCAAUGGGGAAGGAUGACAUCGAUGAGAUCAAAUCAAAGCUUGAUGCUGCAAACAAUGCCGUUUCUAAGAUUGGACAGCACAUGUCCGGUGGUUCUGGUGGUGACUCCUCCUCUGGAGGUUCUCAGGGUGGUGACCAGCCCCCUGAGGCAGAGUAUGAGGAGGUAAAGAAGUGAGGCAGCAGCAGCUGCUAAAAUGUUUGACAUGACACUGGUCGUAUGUUUUUCCUCUUGGUCACAGGUAGGUGGUUUUUAGCAGUUUUGUAUAUUUACAACUUGGACGAUUGUUUGUGGUAGAAUUUUUUUUUGUUUAACCUGUACUAUCAAGGUAGAUUUUCUCUGUUGGUGAAACCACUUUUUUCACCCUGUAGCUUUUGGUUUGUUGAGUCUUGGGUGUUCAAACAGGAGAAAUUGAUUACAAUUGUUCCACUCUAACCUAAUUGUAUCAAUUUAUUUUUGAUAGAAGCCUGUAUGUCUUCCUCUUUACUACACUUUUAAGCGACGUAGAAAUUUUUUAGUAACAACCGAG